AUAAAGUAAAUUGGCCACUAUAGCGACUUGUUGGAACUGUAAAUGAAGCUCACUGUAUCCAACACGGUCCUUAUUUAUUUAUUUUGAGGAAUGCAAACUUCUGGUCCUUCAUGUCUAUAAACCCCUCAGCAUACUGUACGUACUACUGUACAAACACAACAGUGUAUGAAAUACAAGGCUGUGUAAUGUCAAGCCCUCAGUUGGGCUCAUCUUAUUGUGUUCGUUACAGAGUAAUCACGUACGGGAAGCAGGAAGGCGCAGAAUACCACAAACAUCUUUGCACCAAUAGAAAGAUCCCACAGAAGAAAAUGUUCCACUUGACUGGCCAAUCACAUUGAACACUUUGUCUUCAAAGGCAUCACAUCUUUGGGUAAAAUCAGUCUGUCUGUUAACUUUCGGUCAUCAUCACUCAUGGACGGGCUGCACACUUUUCUAGUCGCUCUCUUAGGAGUUGCAUCCUGCAGUCAUGAUUGGAUCUCUGGAUCAGUGACAGUCAGACCAGGAGACAACAUCACGCUCUACUGUGAUUGUAAACUAUCAACUGGAGUAUACAUAGUGUGGUUUAGGAACUGCUCUCAUGAGAACCAGCCUCCUCUCGUCCUUAAAGUCAAAUCAUUAUACAAUCUGGACAGUGACACUAAAGAUCCUCUGAAAAGUCUUCCUCGUUUUCAAUUUGUGAGAAACUCUUCUUCUAAUUCUUAUGACCUGCUGAUCAUGAACAUCACUGAUUCUGAUGAGGGACUCUACUACUGUGGAACUGAAGAGGGAAUAGAAUUCAUUGGCUUCAAAACUCUUUACAGAAACGGAAACGUCACAACAAGGAUCUCAAUCAGUCCAGACUGCAGCGAUUCUCCGCUCCAGACUCCAGAAUGUCUCUGUCCUCUGUGUUGGACUCUGCUGGUCUCUCUGUGUCCAGCUAUUGCUGUCCUCUCCUCCGUCUUCUCCUUCAUGUUGGUUUAUCACUUCGGUCAGAAAACAGACAAAGAAUCUCAAACUCUCCAGAAGAGACCAAACAUGAUGGGACAAACCAUAGAGGGCCAGGGUGAAGAUGCGUGUUUCACUCGAGUUGUGUUCCGGGCUGUGGAGAUAAAAAAACACCAGUAGGCAGAAGAUGGACGACACGUUUGUUUCACUCAAGCAGGAACCGAACAGAAUGAAAUGAUUUGCAUUUCCUCUGGUUUGCUGUUGAUGGAGAGUUGUGUGUUUUUUUGUAUCGGACAGAUACAUAAACAUACAGUAUAUAUUUUCUUUAUUAAUCUGUUUAAUAUGUACUUUUCUAACCUUUCUAACUUUGUAUCCAUUUUUAUCCACAUGCUUAUAGCUAACUUGCUUUUAUUCUUGAUUUGUCAGCAAUUCAAGGCACGGCAAGGCAAUUUUAUUUGUAUAGCGCUUUUCAUACACAAGGCAGACUCAAAGUGCUUUA